AUGAUUUUACGUAAGCAAAAUGUAAUUAUUUUUUCUGGCUUUAGUUAUGAAGACCUAUUAAAGGAAGAAAAGACAACCUUCAUUGAGCUCAUGGCCCUGGAGAAAAAAAUAGAGGCAUCAUCCAUUAAUCCACCUGAAAGAUCCUUUAAGGCUCCUUCCGGAAUAGCCCUGCCUGAUGGCAUUCUCUCCAGCCGGCUCCCAGAAGAAGUGGUGGCUUUUGAAAAAUUUCUGCAGCAGACAGGAGGCCGUCUGGGAGGAUGGGAUGACUAUGACCAUCAGAGCUUCCUGAAAGUGUGGACCAAACACAAGGGCAAGCCGGGUUACUUGGAAGAGGCCCUGGCAUACUUACCUAGCAGGACAUGGGAGGACAUUCAGCAACACGAGGCCUGGUAUCAGGAGCUUCUCUCUUUAGAAGAAAAGAAAAAGGAAGCUAUUCACAAGUGGAAAUCUAGGAAACAGAAAGAAAAACAAGAAAUGUCAAAAAUUCAAGAGAAGACCAAAGAAAUAACAGAAUUUGAUAAGCAACAAAAGGAAGAAGCUCAGAAGCAGAGGUUAGAAGAAGAAAGAAGGAAACGACAGCAGGAAAUAGAGGCCUGGAAGAGGCAGAAAGAAAUAGAGAUUGCUGCAAAGCUUGAGACAGAGCUAAAAGAAGAGGAAGAGCAGCAGAGGAAACAGAGAAAGGAGCGCCAGCGCCAGCUGGAAGUCAAACUCCUAGUGGAAGAACAUGUAAGAAUCAAGAAGGAGCAAGAAGAGUUUUCUGAAGGUGGAAAGAGAGAUGAGGGAAGAAGCAGAAAUGGAAGAGAAGCGAAAGCUGGCUACAAUGGAGAUCUGUAGAUUUCAGGACAGGGAUCAGAGGAAAAUUGUGGAAAAGGUGCAAGAAAAAAGAACUAAAGAAGAGGAAGUGAAAGAAAAAGAGAGAAGACUGGCAAAAUUAAAAGAGAAGGUACAAGUUCAUGUUGAUAGAGAUCCUUCUAGGCUGUGUAAGCUUACGAAAGGAUGGGAAGAGCGCUUCAAAAAUACAGGGCCGACAGGAACAACUCCACUCUUGCACAUUCCUCAUCGGGCUGUCCCAUCAUGGAGGCAAGGCUUAUAA